GGUUGAUUUUCAAAUUUAAAUACAGUUUCUCUGAAAGGUAAUAAUUUAUAUAUGUUGGAUUCCCGUCACCAUCUUAACCAAAAAUCUAAGUUAAAGAAUAGGACUAAGGCAGUGGCACAGAUGGAACUAUCCAAGCGGUAGGUACAUCUCCUUAGAAUGUUGAUAUUUGGUUGCGUUGAAAACCAAACACAAUUCAAUAUCACUUUUGUAAUACAGUAACUAGCCUAUUAACUCGUUGACAAGUUAACAAACUAUAUAUGGGAUUCACGUUUCCAACUCAACCAAAAAUCUAAGUUAAAGAAUAGGACUAAGCCAGAUGAAACUAUCCAAGAAGUAGAUACAUUUCCUUAAAAUGUUGAUAUUUGUUUGUGUAACAUCCAAAGGAAAUUCAAUAUUACUUUUAUGAUAACCUUCAGGCUAUUUACUGUAUCUUCCAAACUUAUGUAACAGUAUUUAUUCAACCUUAAAAUGAGUAAAAUAUCCAUGGCCUCAUUUUGGGGUUACUUUAACUUUUUUAUUUUAUUUUAACCUCUAUUUAACUAGUCAAGUUAAGAACAAAUUCUUAUUUACAAUGAUGGCCUACACCCCCGGGCAAGCCCUCCCCUAACCCGGACAAUGCUGAGCCAAUUGUGCACUGCCCUAUGGCACUCCCAAUCACGGCUGGUUGUGACAUAGCCUUGGAACGAACCAGGGUCUGUAGUGAUGCCUCUAGCACUGCAUUGCAGUGCCUUAGACCACUAUGCUACCCAGGAGGCCCUCAUACAUAGCUUUUACAAAGUUCUUAGAGAUGUAUGUUCAGGACAACAUGCAAAGGUGGCAGGUCUGUGGAGAUCUUCACAAUUGCUAUAAUAAUCUGUGCAGAAUCUUAAACAGCAUUGACCAUCAUGUAACCUCAACUGCAAUUCUGUUAAUUUGGCUAUCAGUGAUAACACAUUCAGUUGUUGUAUAAAUAAACAAAAUAUCUGACAUUGUUUUCCCAUUUUGAACUUUGUUGUGCUUGUAAAUGGUUGAAAGCACAGUAAUAGCACAUUUGGGAAUUCAACAAACAUUUAGCUGCCUUUUUGAAUGGGUGAAUAUAUUUUAGGUUGUAAUCUCAUUUAUCAACGCCUCAACCAAAUAUCACCCAAUUGUCAUAUUGAGAUGACAGUGUGCCCAGUGGGUAGUUCAUGGUCCAGUAGAGACAUCAGCAUUUCGGAUUUGUUUCAAUAGCCACUGCUAACAUUAGCCACUGCUAACCAAAAAACAACCGUGUCCAACAAAUUAAUUUAUUUUAUUGUAUGUAAUCUGAAUUUGGUCAUCAAGUUUGAACAUGUUGAACUUUCCCUCUUUUGCAUAGCAGUGUUAGCUCAAGUUAGCAGUGGCUAUUUAAACAAAACCGAACCGUGUAUGACAGUUUCUCUGUGGAUGACGGACUACUUUCAGGGUAAAUGCAACAGAGGUAAGUUUUAAAAAGUGAAGAUAUCCUUUAAUGUUAUUGUUGUUUCAUAGUUAUGUUGACCUGAAUUAUAAUACAUUAGGGCCAGAGUGUUUCUUGACCUUGUGACCUAACCAGGAAAAAUGUAUCCUAGUUGAUAGUUAUUCAGCCAACAUCAUUUAUUAUGGUCAUUGCUACAUACUCCGUGCUUCAUGCUGUCUUUGCAACUUCCUAUUACUGCCAGGUCACUCCCAUCAUUUUGAUGGUCCAUAGCUUGACUUUUAUUCUCAACUGCUAGGUUCUUCCUCAAGUUCAGCAAUGUAUGAGAUAAAGAUGUCAGGAGUGGUUGUACAGGCUGUCACAGGGGACAUUACCAAAGAGACUACGGAUGUCAUUGUCAACUCCUCCAACUCCUCCUUCAGCCUCAAGUCAGGGGUGUCUAAAGCCAUUCUGGACACGGCUGGUCCGACUGUGGAGACUGAAUGCCAACAACUCGCCGAGCCUAACGAAGGCAUGAUAAUGACAAAGCCAGGCAACCUGCAGUGUAAGAAGAUCAUCCACUUGGUUAACCAGACAGACACGAAGAAGAUCCAGCAGUCUGUUGAAGGUGCACUCAAAAUGUGCACACAGAAUAACUUCACAUCCAUAUCUUUACCUGCUAUUGGCACGGGCCAAGGCAACAUACAGCCGAGUGAAGUGGCAGACGCCAUGUUGGAUGCUGUUGUGGAAGUGGUGGGCAAGAAGUCCCAGAACUCCCUGAAGCUUGUCCGAAUGGUCAUCUUUCAGCCUGCCAUGCUUAAUGAUUUCCACACAAGUAUGCUUAAAAAGGAAGGCAUUGACAUUCAGGAAAAGGAGGGCUUUUUCCAAAAUGUUUUAUCAUUCUUUACCAGAAGGAAAGUUGAUAAUGCACAACAGAAUGAAGUCAUUGAAAUUGAGAGCCAGGACAUGGAUCCUGCUUGCUUCCACAUCUGUGGUGUGUCGCAGGCCCACGUUGAUCAUGCCAAGCAAGUGAUCAAGGACCUCAUCGUGAAAGAGCAAGACUUCAACCUCAUCAAUGACAAAGCCCUCUUCAGCCUAUCAGAAUUGGAGCUGCAGAACAUCUAUGACAUGCAGACCGCCAUGGACGUGAGCAUAAGUUUUCACAAAUCUUCCCAAGAGGAGGCUAAACUCACCAUAGAGGGUCUCAGCAAAGACGUGCUCAAGGCUUCCAAUGAGAUCCAUGAGAUGCUGAAAAAGGUCCGGCCCGAAGAGACUUUUAAAGAUGUCCCCCAGCACUGGGAUGACAUGCCAGCCAACACUCCAUGUCUGUCAUUCCCCAUUCAACCUCAAACCCAAGAGCAUAUUGACGUACUAAAACAAUUUGAGGAUACUUGCAAGAAGAAUGUUCUAAAGAUCGAGAGGAUCCAGAACAGAAGCCUCUGGGGGGGCUUUCAGAUCAAGAAGAAAGACAUGGAGGUCAGGAACGGUCACCAGAACAAUGAGAGGAAGCUCUUCCAUGGAGCCUGCCACACAACCAUAGAUAAGAUUAACGAGCUUGGCUUCAAUCGGAGCUACGCUGGGAAAAAUGCUGCAUUGUAUGGAGAUGGCACCUACUUUGCUGUCAAAGCAAAUUACUCUGCCAGUGACACAUACUCAAAACCGGAUCCCCAAGGCCAGAAGUACGUGUACCUAUGUCGAGUUCUGACUGGAGAUUUCACAACAGGAAAACAGGGGAUGAAAGUACCUCCACCUAAAAGCACCACAACUAUUCAGCUCUAUGACAGUGUGACAGAUGGUGUAUCUCCACCAUCCAUGUUCAUAAUCUUCCAUGACAAUCAGGCAUAUCCUGAGUACUUGAUCACUUUCAAGUAGGUGUGGGCGAUGUGGCCAAUACAUUGUCUCUAUCUUUUACAACUUUUUGAUCAUACUGAUACAUAAUAAAUUAAAUCUCAAUAUGUAAUUAGUUAUCUGUAACUCAUGUGGUUUAGCUGAAGUGUAAUAUCCAAAACCAAAAUCCCACUGGGCAAAAGCUGGUUGAAUAAAUGUUGUUUCCACGUCAUUUCAACCAAAAGAAUCCGUGAAGACGUCUGAAUCAACGUGGAAAACUGAUUAGAUUUG